AUGAGGUUCCAGAUUAGAAGGUGCAGCAGCUGCCGCGCAUACACGCUGGAAGAGACAUGCCCCAAGUGCGGCGGGCCCGCCGAGUCGGCGCACCCGGCAAAGUUCUCCCCCGACGACAGGUACAUGCGGUACCGGCUCAGGGCAAAGUAUGAGGAACAGGCCUAG